AAUCCUGAUAUUCUUUUCUACAACCAUUUUUUUGUAAACUUCUGACAAUUAAACAUCGACACAACAAUGAAACGAACUCAAUUCUCAGUUCUACUCACCAUUUUUCUACACACCGUUCUGGUGGUCGCAAAGCCUCCUGAUUGGAUACCUCAAGAAAUGUUGGACAUGGUCCAAAAUGAUAAGCAGAGGUGUAUGGCAGAACACGGAACAACACAGGAAUUAAUUGACAAAGUCAAUGAAGGGGAACUACCAAAUGAUCGUACUCUAACGUGUUACAUGUUUUGUUUGUUCGACUCCUUCAGUUUGGCAGACGAGGACGGUAAUAUAGAUGUAGAUCUCUUAGUCAGUAUUCUGCCAGAAAAUUUACAGGCGCCUGCUGGUGAGGUAUUCGGUGCUUGUAACAAUCAACCUGGCGCAGAUAUUUGUGACAAGAUGUAUAAUAUUGGAAAAUGUGCCCAAACAAAACGGCCAGAUCUCUGGUUCAUGAUCUAAUAAUAAGAGAAGAUUUAACCUUCACUUGUAUUCCUGCGAACGUAAAAAAUCCAGAUAAAAAAAUCACGUCUGAUGCAGAGAGUAGAUGAACGAAUAAAUAGGGCAAUUUUACGAAAAUAUAUAACUAUCCAUGUAAUUAUUUGGUUAUAUAGAAUUAGAGGAAUACAAAUUCCUUUUUGUUGUAAAUACCAGAUGAUCUAAUAAAUAUUUAA